UUUGCUGAGACAAAAAACAACUAUCUCAUCAAAUCCAGCACUGAUUAUGCGGAUCCGUUUCGGGUCCAGUGGCGGAACCUGACCUACACUGCGACCCAACACUCGGGCGUUAAAAAAGUAAUCCUCAACGAAGUGAACGGCCAUUUCAUGAGCGGUCAGAUCACCGGUAUUAUGGGUCCGUCCGGUUGCGGCAAAUCUACAUUAUUGGGCUGUAUUGCCGGCAUUAAGACCAAGGGCCUUUCCGGAUCUAUCACUAUUUCCACCGACAUCAGGGUAAAGUUUGCGUUUAUAAUACAGGAAAACUAUGUCCUCCAGAGGCUGACAGUGAGAGAGUCGCUGAUGUUUGCAUCGAAGCUGAAGAACGACCCGGUGUGCGAUCACAAGGGUAUUGUGGCCGACGUUAUCGCCAAACUAAACAUCCAGAGGUGUGCCGACAACCGGCCCGACAGGUGUUCGGGCGGACAAUUGAAACGAGUGCUGAUCGCACUGGAACUGGUGUCCAGACCCAACAUCUUGAUACUAGACGAGCCCACCACUGGCCUCGACUCAGUCACUACAUGGCAAUUGAUUACUACACUCAUUGAGCUGACCCAACAGCCGGAACCGGUGGCUGUUGUGCUGACUAUACAUCAGCCGUCGGCGCGACUCUUCAAUCUGUUUGACACAAUAUAUCUGCUCUCAGCCGACGGUCAGUGCAUUUACAACGGAUCGCCCGGAAAGAUGAGGUAUACGUUCAGUGAGUGCGGACUCAAUUGUCCCACAUUUACCAAUCCCUCAGACUUUGGUCUGGAGGUGGCGUCCAAAGAGCACGGCGUCGACCGACUCGUCACUCUCGCGGCGAUUGUCACCAACGAAGCAAAACAAAUGCCCACAAAUAAGUACCGCAUCCGUAUUGAACGCGAAUUUAACACAAAGAGAUGUGUCUACUAUUUGACCAUAAGAUCCUUUCUGUCGAUGAUUAGGGACCCGUUUAUGCUUCCGAUGCGGUUCUUUGGCUAUAUUUUAGUCGCUUUUUUGAUUAGUUUAUUGUUUGGUAGGGAUAGCGGAGUGCUGUCCGGCUGUCCUCAAGAGCUCAACUUCAGAGAUAACGGGAAUAUCAUUGAAUACAUUAUGUCUCGAUCGGCCGAUCUGUUUGAAAACUGCUGCGGACUGGCCUUUAUCUGCCUGUUUGGGUGGUUUGGGGGCAUAUUUCCAGAAUACGGAAACGGAUAUUAUUCUUGUUUCUCAUACUUUGCAUCCAAAGUGUUAAGUGAUAUCCCAUUCACACUAUUGUUACCACAUUUGGCUUCAGUUCCGGUAUAUUUAUGGACCGGACAAUACAUGGCCGACGUCUGGCGUCUCUAUAACUUUAUCUUUAUAUUUAUGUUAAUCACAUUCAACUCGAGUGCACUCGGCUUUCUAAUCGGUGCCUCCCUAUCCAACCACCCUGGUGCUAUCGCAUUUAUCGGUAUGCUUUCUCUGGUGCCUCUAAUACUAUUAUCAGGAAUAUUGAUAAAACUGAAUGCAAUGCCAUUUGCAUUCCAAGCGCUAUCGUAUCUGAAUUACAUUAGGUUUGGUUUGGCCGCUGUUCUCAUCAAUAGCUACGGCUUUAAUCGAUGCGAAGCGGAGGUCGUGUCGGCCAACCAUACCAUCAACAUUAUGGAUGAGAUUCCGGCCGACAAACUGAUGGCCAUCUAUACCAUUUUGGGCUAUAAAUGGGCGGACACUUCGACCGCCGGCGCGACCAUAAACUGUCUGCCAAAUGAGAUACUAAUGAAAAUUUGCCACAAAUUGGACUUUCAAUCAAAACUGAGGGCACAGUUAGUGUGCAAACGAUGGUAUCGUCUCAUUGAACACACAUUUGCGGUCAAAACAAGUCUAUUGAUUGAAGACACCGAAAGCCGACUACACGGCCGACGUUACGGCGAUUACAAGCCUUACGGUCUGGACAUAAACGGCGGCCACCAGUCAAUCGUCUCAUUGAGUCCAUUCCUAGCCACCAAUACAAUCACACGAUCUGAUUUCCAGCGCCUACUGACCAUGGUGGUGGCAAAGUUUCCCAAUUUAAACACACUGUACGUGUGUCUCAUGAAAUGUCAUAUCAAUCGGCGACUCUUGCGGACAGUGACCGCCAGCUGUGACCGAGAUCUGCAACAGUUGUCAAUCGUUUGCUGCGAUAAGAAGAUCACUGUCACCGAACAGGAAGUGCUUGCGAUGACCGUAAAGUAUCCCAAUCUUCGUGUCUUUCAAUUCGAGUCAUUCUAUGUGUUGAUCAAAGAGAAGACAAUCAAAGAGUUGCUGAAGAAUUUGCCAAAACUCGAGGUCUUUAUUUUGAUGAGCCUUUUGUCGAAUAGUGAACAACACAUAGACGUCGAGACAUACAAAGGAAAAGUGUUUAAAUACAUGAAUAGCGGUAUUCAAGUAAUCAAAACUCCGGGCUAUUUGUUCAACGAUAACGCCAUACAAUGUUUGGCUCACAAACAGCCCAAUCAUAUGAAAACGUUGCGAGUGUUUGACAUAAUGGCGCUGAAGUCCAUGUCUUUGAUCGCCGAUCGCUUCCAAUCGCUUCGAUGUCUGUAUUGUUCGUCAUUCUCGCCAAAUGUCACUUCGGAUCAAAUGCGGCGCUUCUUUGGCGACAUCUCCCGCUUGGAUCAGUUGGAAAAACUACAUCUUCUCAUAGAUCACGAUCAGCCCAUCAUUGGUUACCCGGAGAUCAAACCGCUGAAGGCGUGUCUGAAGUUGCGAUCGCUUCGCAUAGAGUCUACGGCACUGACCGUCGACUGUGUCGAAGGGAUCGCCCGAUUUGUACCCCAACUCCAGAAACUAGAGUUAACUUAUGUUAGAUUUCCGGCCGCACCGGCACUUUGUAUGGCACCCAUCGAGACAUUAAAGCGAUUGUCGUAUCUGAAAGUGUCCACAACUCCUGAGUUGAGCGAUGAUCUGCUGAUAAAACUUGUUAAGAGUUGUCCACAACUUACUCGUGUAGAUGUCUCGCGUUGCGAAGACAUCACCACUGGAUCCAUUGCGGCGUUCGUUCAGUUGGCCACCCAAUGGCCUAACAAUAGCUAUAGUUUUUUGAGUCAAUCGGAAGGAACUUCUUUCCACGUGUUGUGUUCAGUCAUUGAAGGCUCGGAUCCGCUAUUCUUCGAGUGGACACAAAACGGACACCAAAUUAAGUCGAGUUAG